AGCCAUUUUGGCUCAAGCCAUUUGGGCUCAGGUACAGGCCAAGUAGCCAGCGCAACAUUUGCGGCUCGCGCAUCGAUUGCGCGUUGUCUGACCUAGUGGGUCACAUCGCCAUGGUUGGAAAAGCAAGCAAAUUGUGACAAUGUUGGUCUUACGAUACUUGUGCUUCCUUGGUUGUUUUGUGUUUCAGCCUGCUCUUUCGUCAACCGAGGCGGGCGUCACUUGCAACAAGCAGUGGUGCAAUGAUUUUUUCGGAGACUGUCUGGCUGGAACAGAAACGCAGCCGUGCUCGUGCGAGAAGGGCGUUCCGCGCGUUAUUGACAAACCUUCGCAUAUUUCAGCUUUCUCACCGCGGUUCUUCCAGUUCACAUGCUGCACGGAAGGCGACCUGUACAAUUUCAGCAGUCCGGCCCGUUUUACGUUUGAUAGAGAUGUUUGCGGAAAUUACAGCAGCACGCAUAUGAUGGUUUCUUGCGUUCUCGCUGUAAUGGCAUUCGCCAUGGGGGCGGUGUUCUGGGUAGGAGGUCGGUUAUGCUAUUGGUAUGUCGACAGGCCGGCAAAGACAACAGCUGAGGAUGAGGACGUGGAUAAUCCGACCAACGUGCUAGAUGGGAGCCGACUGCAUAACAUCAUCUCCGCACAUCGUUGGUGCGUCACACGGACGGAUCUGGAGCAGUUCAGGAGAUUGGUGCGGCGGGCAGUCUUGGAUGGACGCAUCAAGCCCACGGAAACAGACAUGUUCGAUCCGACAGAGAAUGUGAUAGGACCAUGCGUCUACAGCGUCACCGAUCAAUACAUCAAACCCGUCACUGCCCGCGCAGGGAAUCCGAGUUGGGCUCUCAUGCUUCACCCAGAUGGCCUCGCGUGCGACCUUUUCAUCACGCACAGCUGGCAAGAAGGCAUCUAUGAGCUCAUCGAUAAAGUCAUGUAUUCGUGGCCUGCUGGGAAAAGUCAUGCGUACAUAUGUUUUCUGUCCAAUCCGCAGAACCUUGACAUUGCGCAUCUCGUAUCGAGCCCAACCGAUUCCCCGUUUGCCCACGCGUUACGUUCGGCAACGGACAUGAUGGUCGUGCCCAACCGCAAAGGAAGUAUAUAUAGCAGGGUAUGGUGCGUUUACGAGGCGCACUUGGCAUAUACCUUGGACAAGCAAAUCUUCUGCGCGGCAAGUCCAGUUCAUAAUUUCUGGCCUCGCGUCGUAUCUCGCUUGGGUGAAUGCUUCGUUGGGCUAAGCAUCGGCGCUGCGUGCUGCAUUAUCCUUGUCUUUUGCGCCUUCGACCACCUUGUGGUGCCCUUCAGGAACCUGUGUAUUUUGGCAAUGUUUGUUACCAAGAUACGCUACAACAUGAUGCGCAAAACACCAUCGUGUACUGCUUGCCGUCGUUCUUGUUGCGUGGUGGUGCUGUUUGCUGGCAUCAGCUUGGGGGUCGUAUUGCAAAUGGACCUCAUGCACCUCGUGAAUUGGGCCGGUGCCCUGCUUCUCUGUGCAUUUGGCCUUUGCAUGGAAGCCGACCGUUUAUGGGCGGUCAUUGCUGUUCGAGAGAAAGUGAGCCUGUGCCUUGGCUACACGGGCCACGUUCGUGACGCACGGUGUUCUGUGAAUGAAGACGGCCAACGGAUUCGCGCCGAACUACUGGAGGGAUCCCAAGAGCUCGCUGUAGACCAAAGCGUGGAAUGCCUGAUUCGCACAGGUCUAUCCACCAGGCACUUGCGGGACACGGCGCAGCGAGUCGGCAAACUUGGUAAUGUUACAAAUUGGUAUUUUGCUUCGAUAGUCAUGCAUGCCGGUGUCGUCUGGGUUUGGUUUCCUGCUCAUUCGCUUUGGGCAAACGUUUGUAUUCUCGAUAACGGCAUAUCGGCCUACAUUUGUAUUUUGCAAGGAUUGAUUUGGUCAGUCUUGUUCACGUUCGUGUUGAGUAAGGACCGCAAGGCGUUUGCAGUGAUGUCUCUUGACACCUUGCUCAUUUGCCUAGCGUUAAGGGCUGUCAACACUUGCGCCUUCCUGUUCACCAUGUCGCUGGUCGUAGGGCCAUUUGUGAUGGUUCUCACUUUGGCAGGGCCUGCCAACGUCGCUCGCAUGCCUCUUGCAGGCCCUGCAAUGGUUCGCUUCUUCAUAGGCGACUGGGAUCUCCGCAAUCCUUGUGCCAGGCAUCAGCCGUUUUCUGAAGAGCUCCAGAAUUCUCAGCAUGAACUUGCGGAGAUGUACGGCAAACUCGAACAAGAUCUGGUCCGGGACUCGCGCUCGAGUCUAUCCAGCAGGCCUUCGGACCUCGCGCGCUCGUUCAGCAGGCCUUCGGGUCUCGCCGGCUCGACCCUGUCCAGCAGGCCUCCAGACUACGAAGGAGCCCGGCCCACAAAUCGCAUGAGCCGAGCAGGCACGCUUCCCAGUUGCGAAGGCGACUCGUCCACAAGCCGCCAGAGCUACGUGGGAACGCUUUCAAGCCAACGCGGCGAAUUGGCCGUGCGAGUUGCAGAGGUUUAGCCUGUUCGCCACCGUGACAUUGUCUCCCUCUCUCUCUCUAUAUAUAUACCUCCAUGCCCGCAUGUGCGGGCAAGCAGUCCAUCUGCACUAUGAGGACAGCUUGCAGCGGCUGGCUGUCGCAUCCAGCGGCGCUCGUACAUACAACGGAGUCCAAGGCGGGGGGCUCCCAGGCCAGAACCCCGACCACAUGGGUGGUCCCGGGCUCUCCGCGCACAUCGGGAGCCCCAAAUCGACGCCGAGGGCGCUCCGACAGCCGUCAAGGCGAUCCACGGCGGCCUCGAGUCGUCCCAAGACGGCCUCCAGACGUUUCACACGGCUCAUUCGGCGCCUCCAGUGGCCAACAUUGUCUCUAGGACGCCCCGAUAGUGCUCCAGGGGGCUCUCCAAGAUUCUUCCAGGAGGCCCAAAUCAUGUAUUUCGUAGAAGAUGUAUUCUUCAGAUAUAUGUAUAUUGAUAUCUGUUGUUAGUUCGCUUGUCUGUUGAAGGUUGUUGGUGCUCCAGCUGAGGGUACGGGGGCAACCAGCCCAGCCACCACCCCAGCCGGUCCUUUCUCUGUUCGUUGUGGCCCACGACGCGUUUUUUAGUUGUCGUUGUCAUCGCUCUCGGCCAGACGGCGGCGUCAGAUGCAUCUCUUCCUGUCAAGCCCUCGCUUGACCAGCCAUGGAUGGCUGAACCGAAGGGUCCCCUAAUUUGAUGUAUGGCAGCUCGUGCUGGAAGAGUUUGCUUCAAUGUUCACCUUGGGUCCAGCCCAGCCGACAUUUAACAGGCUCACCCUCCAGACCAGGCCUCGUCUCGUACACCGUUCUCUUGCCUCCUCCUCCUCCUCUCCCAUUUCCUCGUCGUCCUCCUCCUCCUCUUCAGGCCUUCGAGUAAGACGCGCACGUCAAAAUUCGGGCGUUGCCCGAGCCGCUCGAAGAGGGCGAGCCCACUUGGCACGGGCAGAGUUCUGCCGCGUUUCAACACCAGGGCGCGGAUUUUGCCCCGUCGGCUCAUGCCAGUGAUGGUGGUGCUGCUGGUGAUGGUGGCGGUUGUGUCGUUGGCAUUGAUGCUUCUGCCACUGAUGGUGAACCAGGG